AUGCUAAGCCGUGUUGUCGGACCACGAGACUCGGUCUGGAAUGGUAACGGAUCAGUGCUCACCGAGGCUAUCUGUAAGACUACACGCUCCAUCACUGAUGCCUCCUGCAAGCAAGUGAAAACUCGCAAAGAACCACAUCUCGAGCACACGGCGGCGUUGGAUCUCGACAGCGAUGAUGAAAGUCAUGUAGCCACCGGCAGAAGUCGUGCAUGGCACCAUUUUAGCCGUGUAGAUCACUUGGCAAACGUCGGCCUCGGCUGA